CAAUUACGUGGCUUGAGGGCUGGAGUGUGUAGGAGGGGUUGGUGUGAAGGCGCAGCGUGAUGGCGGCUGUUGGGUGCUGGUCGCGGGUGCUCUUGCAGCUUUUGGUAGUGUCCGGAAUUACGUCUCCUGGAUGGGGUCUCUAUUUCCACUUGGGCGAGACGGAACGCAAGUGCUUUAUCGAGGAGAUCCCGGACGAGACCAUGGUCAUCGGGAAUUACCGAACACAGCUGUUUGAUAAGCAAAGGGAGGAGUACCUGCCUGCAACUCCGGGUUUAGGCAUGUUUGUGGAAGUGAAGGAUCCUGAUCAAAAGGUGGUGCUGUCCCGACAAUAUGGCUCAGAGGGCCGGUUCACCUUCACUUCACACACACCUGGGGACCAUCAGAUCUGCCUGCAUUCCAAUUCCACCAAGUUUUCCCUUUUUGCAGGAGGCAUGCUGAGAGUCCACCUUGACAUCCAGGUUGGUGAGCAUGCUAAUGACUAUGCUGAGAUUGCAGCCAAAGACAAGCUAAGUGAGCUACAGUUGCGUGUGCGCCAACUUCUGGAACAGAUAGAGCAGAUCCAGAAAGAGCAGAACUACCAGCGGUGGCGAGAGGAGCGUUUCCGGCAAACCAGUGAGAGCACAAACCAACGGGUUCUCUGGUGGUCCAUUGUCCAGACCCUCAUCCUUGUAGCCAUUGGAGUUUGGCAGAUGAGGCAUCUCAAAAGUUUCUUUGAGGCCAAGAAGCUGGUAUAAAAGAGUGGUGAUGUCAGCAAAAGGCCUGCAUCUUACAUUUCCCAGCACUUCAGGUGUUUGCACUGGUCCUUCUCUCCUCAGUCAUCCUUUCCUCAAGAAUGUUGUUGACCGGGAUCCGUGUCAUCUACCUCUCUCUGCCUCUUUCCCUCCUCUGCUCCCAUAUCUCAGCCUCCUGUGAUUCCAGCGCAGUGUUGGCCCCUAUAAGGUGUUGUAUUCUCUCCUGACAGUUGAGGACUGCUUGCUCUUGAGGCACCUUGAAUUUUUUAAUACCAUGUGAGAGAUUCAUGGGGAAGACCCUAUGUGCAGCGUUUCUCCUACUUUAAAAGGGUUUCUUAUCCAAGUUAGGGCCUGACCUGAAUGGCCCAGGCUAACCUGAUCUCAUCAAAUCUCAGAAGCUAAACAGGAUUGGCCCUGGUUAGUACUUGGGUGGGAUACCACUGAGGAAGUCCAGGGUUGUUAUGCAGAGUCACACAAUGGCAAACUAUCCCUGUUCAUCUCUUGCCUUGAAAACCCUGUGGGGGUCAUCAUGUCAGCUGCAGUGUGAUGGCACUUUUCACCACCACCAUUAAGUUAGACUCUCCUCUGUGUAGGGCACUUGAGAUGCUUUCUUUAGCCAGCAUUUCAAUAUGUCCAAGCUGAGAAAAUGAUGCUAGUUUUGAGUCCUCCUGCACUUUUACUGACUGACUUCUUGACACCACCAGCAUGUUGCUCCAAAAGAAAGUACUAAAUGAGGGAAUCUGGAGUUUCUACUCACGGUCCUCUGUCCUAUGGAUUCAUAAUGUGAACAGAAUGCGGACUAAUUGUCUGGUUAUAUGCUAUCCUUGGAAGCAAUUUUGGGAUUAUUUCUAAAAUACCUUGUGUGUUGGGGAUGGAGGGAGAGAGGGAAUGUGAUCACUGGGAUGUUCAUCAGGAGACGCUAAGAAUUAAAAUUUACUUGAUUUUCCUUAUGUCUUCCUCCUAUUGCUUUUUAGAAUUAAAGGAGCUUUUCAUGUACAAGUACAGCUACUGUUCUUCUGGCAGACUGGGUGCUUCAUUUUCUCACUAAUAUAAGCUUACUAAGUAGUUGUAAAUUUUGUUUUUCAAAAUGCUAUUUUUUACAGCAGGAACAAUUGAUAUGCCUGUUUUCUGUUUUCUGACAACUCAGUUCUAAUGUUGCUUUCAAUGGGACUCUCCUCCAAGUAAGUUUGCUUUAUAUUGCAACUCAAGUCUCCUUGGGAUUUGUCUCCUUUAAUUGAUUUCUAAGCAUUCAGCAAACUGGUACUGUAUAGAUGACAUUCAUAGAUUAUUCUAAGUAUUCUCAUUCAUCUUCCUCAAGAUAUGUGACUAUAAUGGGGAAGAGGAGGAAAGCAAAAGUACUGUAUUUAAAGAACUAUAGUGAAGGAUUUUUUGUGAUUUUCGCUGUUUUAAGCAUUUGUCCUAAACCAGUAGCUUGGCGAAGAGCUUGCCUGGCCUGUUAUUUGUCAGGAUGUGUGAUACUCUCAAGAACAGGACAAGUAACUGAUGUGGUAAAAGCCCUUUCCAUGUAUCUUUGCUAUAUAAGCCUUAAACUUUUUCAUUUGCAUUUCUUGAGAAUAACGGUAGCAGGUGAGGGAAUAAUAUGUUGUUUUCCAUAGUUUCACAGUCUAUAAAUAAACUGGUUCAAUUUGUAAGCAGAUAACUUUAUUCUCUUCCCUUAAAUUCAUGCAAGAAAGUAAGUUAUUUUGAAGCCCAAGUAUAGUGCACAGUAACAGUAAAGGCAGGGAUUACUUGCAAGAAACAAAUGCUGUUAAUUCUGUAGCCUAAAUUACACCAAACUUAUGUACGUGAGACCCAGAAGAAUCAGUUUUGAAAUGCACUUACUUGUUGAACACCAUGAGUCUAAUUCAGGUAGUGAAACUUGCCAAGUUUUCAGUAUCUGAGUAUUAUUUUUGAGCAUAUUAAAGUGGACUUGUUUGACUUUUUUGCUUUAAGAUAUAUCUUGAAAUACAGUUUGGUGAGCUUGGAGGAAGGACUGUUUUUAAGGAUUCCUUCAUUAGGUGAAUGCACGAUGUUCCAGUAUCGUAUGAAAAUGAAGUUUGCCUGGAGUUUGUGUAUCUGUGUGUGUGUUUUAAGGCUUUCACAUUUUGGAUAACUUGGGUCUGCGUCACAAACUACACCAUCCAGACUUCUAGUAUCCUGGCCAUACCACAAGGACCCUGAAAUGACCUUGAUUUUGCUCCUGGGACACAAACCAAGAGGUCUCUCAAGCACAGAUGAAGUGUGUGAAAAUGUUGGACUGCAAACUCUGGGAGUCUGGAAACUAAAGAUAGAUUCAGGUGGGGUAGCUGUGCUGGUCUGAAGCAGCAGAACAAAGUUUGAGUCCAGUUAUUAAUAAAGGUCUAGUUCCCAAGGGUGGUGGCAUGCUUAUUUUAUUUUGAGGCCAUUUUAGCCUGGUUGUUACUGUAAUAAAGAAUUAAAAAAAUAUUAAAGAUGAUCUUUCCUUCAAAAA